AUGCAUUCGAAAGAACCCGAAUUCUCUGAGAAUGACAUACCGGAUCUGAGUGGCUACGUUACGAUUGUUACGGGAGGGAAUUCCGGUAUUGGAUAUGAGACAGCCAACCAACUCGCGCUUCACAAUGCGCGUGUCUACAUCGCUAGCCGAUCUCAAGAGCGAGUGAACCAAGCCAUCGGUCAAAUGUCACAGGCGGCCAUGGGAAAGACGCUUGACUUGCAUUUUCUUCAAAUAGAUCUACAGGAUCUAAAGUCGGUCAAGGCAGCUGCCGAGCAUUUCAUGACACUAGAAACCCGCUUGGAUAUCUUGAUCAACAAUGCCGGUGUCAUGACCGUCCCCUUUAAACUCACCGCCGAUGGGCUCGAGACGCAGUGGCAAGUCAACUACGUUUCGCCUCACAUUUUUACCAGCAGUCUCAUGCCUCUUUUGUUAUCGACCGCGUCAACUCUGGAUACUAAGGAUCGAGUUCGAGUCGUUCAUGUAUCCAGCGAUGCAGCCUUUUUCGGCCCCGACACAGUGCAGUGGAACGACGUCAAUAUGACUUCAACUAAGGGAGUGAUGGAGCUGUGGAAGAGAUACGGACAUUCGAAACAAGCUAUCAUACGUGAUGCGAAAGAGUUGAAUGAUCGCUAUAGUUCGCAAGGCAUUGUCAAAUCGAAUCUGCAAGGACACGACCCGACCCUUAUGGGAAAGGUCGUUCGAGUGGCGAUGAAGCUCGGAGCUGGUGACACGCCUCUCCAUGGAGCACUCAAUUCGCUGUAUUGUGCCACGAGCCCCAGCGCACCGGUUCAAGGGCAGGGAAGGUUCUUUGUUCCGGUUGGCAAGCCGGAUUCACUUACCUCAAGGCUCAAGUGCGACCGAGGGCAUCCUUGCGACAACUGCGCAAAACGCAACCAGUCUCAAUCAUGUCAGUAUACCAAUCCUGCGGUGCGCAACAGAACUGCCCAAGCUCGCCGGGUGACCUACUCUAGCGAUAUUGCUGAGAGAAACCAAAGCACCAAUGCAGGAACGAUUCGUGUAGCAGUUCCGGACGAUCAUGGUGGGCUGUCGCAAGAAAUCGGCACUCCAGGGACGAUGCAUGGAGAUCAGAUGGGCACGAGAUGGUUUGAUGAUACGCAUUGGCAAGCUAUAAUGGAUGAUAUAGCAGAGCUCAAGGGCUGCACAGAUACACAAUCACGCGGUGACCCCCUUCCAGACACCGUAGAGGAAGAGAAUUACGGCCUGACAUUGUUUUUCGGCCUGUCACAGUCGAUGAACCGGCCUGAUUUGCUGGCAUCCCUCCCUUCAAGGCCUGUCGUCGACCGGCUCGUUUCUCGGUACUUCAACACCAAGGAGCCUAUACUAAUGGUCCUCCAUACUCCAACCUUCUAUAGAGAGUAUACGCAAUUCUGGGAGAACCAACAGGCAGCGCCUGUCGCUUGGAUCAGUCUCCUCUUCAAUAUCUUGUGCUACUCUGUCUCCUUUUACCAGCGUGCAGGCGAUGCUCUUCCGGGUUCGCUGGGUGAGCCAAGGCGUGCUCGCGAUAGGUUCAGAACCCGUGCUGCGCAAUGCCUGGUGCUCGCAGACUAUACCAGACCAGGUCGAUACAAGGUCGAGGCUCUCCUGCUCUACUCCGGAACAGAAUUCAUGAGAACCAGAGAUAGCCAGAUUGGCAUUUCUAUUCUGUUCGGGGUCAUUGUUAAGCUGGCCAUGCACAUGGGUUACCAUCGCAACUCAAAACACUACCAGAAUCUUUCGGUCUUCGAAGGCGAAAUGAGGAGGCGGGCUUGGGCAUUGAUUUGGCAAGUAGACCAUCUUGUUUCGUUCCAAGUUGGUCUUCCUAGAACGAUAUCUGAUUCGCAGUGUGACGCCGGGCUGCCUCACAAUCUUGUUGACGAGGACUUUGACGAGACGACAAAAGUGCUUCCCACGCCUCGACCCAUUACGGAGCGGACUCCGGUAACAUACACAAUCAUGAAAGGAAGACUUGUGUCUGUUUUUGCCCGGAUUGUUGAAAACCCCAACUUGACAGGAGGUGCAAUGCACGAGGAUGUGACGCAGCUUGAUAAACAUCUACAGGACGCACACAUCUCUCUGCCGCCUGUUUUGCGCAUCCGUACGAUGAACAUGUCUAUUACCGAUCCUCCAGACCUCAUCAUGCAACGGUAUAAUCUCGAAUUGCUCUACCAGAAAGCCCGAUGCGUGCUUCAUCGCAGAUACUUGACCGACUACCGAUCAGAUUUGAGAUAUGCUUACUCAAGGUGGUCGUGUGUAGAUGCAGCGACGCAGAUUAUUCGCCACCAGAGUGACCUCUACGACGAGACGUUACCAGGUGGGCAGCUGUAUAAAGAUAGAUGGUACAUAUCAUCGCUCACAAGCCAUGACUUUCUCCUGGCUGCGAUGGUCUUAUGCCUGGAACUCUCUUGGAAGACGACGAGCGACCCGCCAAAUCUAUACCCUGGCUCAAUGAGUUCAACACCCAAAAGCCGAGAAGAACUGUCCAAAAUAUUGGAGACCUCGUACAGCAUUUGGACUGCAUUCAGUGAAACGUCAACGGAAGCUCGCAAGGCAUCCAGAGCGCUGGCACUGAUGCUUCAAAGCGCUAAGAGAAACCGUCCAGGCUCUAGAGAUAUGGGAGAGGAGCCAGUGCGAGAUCAAAGACCGAGGCUGCGUCAUAUUAAUCAUGACGCCAGGCAUCUCCCCCUGGAAAACAGCCAGCCUCAGAUGUUCCUCCCCAGCGAAACACAGGCAGAACCAGACCUAAGCGGAAUGGCAGAGCAGACAUCGAUGGCGAUUGAGGAUAUGAUGAAUAACCCCGAAGGGUUUGAUUGGAAUGCUUGGGAUAACCAAAUCCAACACAACAGUUGGGAAUUAACAGAUGAGACGUGGAUGGCAAGUUUGGCACCUUCCGAUUCUCAGUUGUCAAUGUUCUCGCCUACAGACUAA